UUAAAAAAAAUAAAAAAUUGAAAGAAAAUAAAAUAUUAUAAAAAAAUAAAGUAUGAUGUCUAAUAGUAAAAUAUAUGUAGUCAAAAUAAUUUUUAUUCUUUUGUUUAAGACUAAACUUUUGUAAGCAUUAUAAGAUUAAAGCUAUUUUAGCUUAGCAUGUGCUACAUAUUAUACAAGUAAAAGAAUAUAUAUUGUUUUUUUUAAAAGAAGAAGAAUAAGAACUGCUAAAAACACUAAGUAUUGUUGUGUAUGUACUGUAGCAGUGGUUCAUAAUUUUUCACUCACAAAUUUGAACCACAAGCAGUUCAUUACUAUAUACAGUGAAUUGAACCACAAUUAAAAAACAAAUAAUGAAUGGGAACUUUAAGUACAGUACGCACACCUAAGUGUGUCCUACAUCUUUUUCCCACCCUCCAUUCGAACUCUUAGUGAAUGAUGAAAGAGUUAGGUAAAAGAAUUUGUAUAUAAAGGCCGAAAAAAGAGUUUCGACGGUAAGAUAUCAAAUAGAAUGUAUUGUUGUUGUAUUCUGUUAGUUUAAUAAAAAAAUAAGAUACACAUGAUAGAUUUGUUGGCUAAUUUGUUGUACAGUUGGUCACAUUUUCACUACCAGAUUUACCAUUAAUGAAUUUUUAAUUAGUAAGCAAAAUCAUAAUAGCACAAAAGGUAAUAUACCAAAUAUGGGUAUGGAUAAAUCUAAAAAAUUAUAUUGUUUUAAUAGUAUUGAUUUUUUUUCGAGAUAUUUUGUUGAAUAACAAGCUUGGCUUUGAAAAAGAACAAGAAUAAUUCAUGGGAGAAGUACAAUUGGGUUAAGAGCAUCUUCAAUCCAUCUCUAUAAUAGAGGAAAAGAUAGAAAUUGUGUUUUUAUUCCAAUGUGUUCCUCUGCUAUAUUUACUUCUAUAAGUAGAAGAAUGCUAUUUUCUCUUUCUAAAUAUAAGGAAAAAAUUAGCAUUCCUCUAUUUAUAGAAACAAAUAUAGUAUUUUUCUAUUAUAGAGAAAGAUACUGGAUCAAAAAUACCAUCUCUAUUUUUGUUUCUAUUUUAGAAAUCUCUAUUAUAAAAAUGGGUUAGAAAUAAUCUAAGAAAGGAUUGAGUUUUUCAUGGUCUUCAACUUAAACCAGAUAUGAAAAGGUAAUGAUUGGGAAAGUGCUUUUGAAAUUCAAAAUUAAGAUAGGAGAGAGAAUAAAUCGAUCUGUGCAUUUUCUUUUUAUUUGUUUGGUUGCUAGUAGGCAGGGGCAAAAUAACCGGAACCGAAGAACCGAACCGGAACCGAAAUACCCAAAACCGGAACCGGACUAAUACCUUCAAAUAUCCGAACGGUUCCUAUAUUUUUAUAUCAGAAAUAAUCGAACCGAACCGGAACUGAACCGAGAACCGAACGGGUACCCGAAUAUAUAAAAAUAUAAUUAUAUAUACAUAUAACAUAACUAAAUAUAUAUUUUUAAUUUAAAAUUCUAUUAAAAAUAUCUGAAAAUAGUUGAAAAUAACUAAAUUAUUAUAAAGUAUCCGAACUAUCCAGAUAGUUUUAUCCGAAAUAUCCAAAGUAGUCCAAAAUAUCCGAAAUUUUUAUCUAAAUCAUUCUAAUUAUUUGAUAUUUUACCCUAAAUAACCGAUAUUUUAUCCAAAUUAUCCGAACUAUCCGAACCCGAACCGAAUCCAAAUGAGAACCGAACUUUUUUCGGAUAUUUUCUGGAUCCUACAUUUACUAUCCGAACCGAACCGAACCGAACCGAACCCGAAACUAUCCGAACCGAACCAAAAAUAUGUCAAGUACUAAAUGGAUACUCUAGCUCUUAUCCGAACUACCCGAAACCCGAAAUACCCGAACCGAACCAAACCGAUAUCCGAAAUGCCCAGGCCUAGUUGCUAGGAUAGUUUUGUUUAGUUAGGAACAUGGGAAAGUGCAGUGGUAGCUGACUUGGAGAUAUAAGAGCAUAAUUAAUGGGAGAAACCUAUUUGGAAUUCUUAGAACAUGAUUUGACAUUUUUUUUCCGAAAAAACAUCUCUUAUAUUUUUUAUUUAGAAGAUGUGUCUUAGUGUUUCUUUAAAAAUUAAAAAACUUAUCUUAUAUUACACAAAAAACUUCAUCUUAAAAACUUCCAAUUAAUCAUGCUUUGAUCUAAAGGACAAACCACACAGAAAUAGUGUAUCAGAUAUUAGAUGUGUCAAGAUGUAAAUACAAAGUGAGAAUAUGUCCCCAAGCAUAAAAUUUUCAUAUUUUAUUCUAACAUGAUUUACCCAUCAAAGGGUUAAAGUGUGAGCACAAAGUAAAGAAAAACAAAUAAUCUAAUAAGAUAUAUUUUUUUAUAAAAGCUAUGUCUAAUAAUUAGUAUAAACUACAAACAUUGUGAAGUGAAACUGUUAAACAUAUAGCACAAACAAGACAAAAAAUGGUGGAAACUCCAAGUAAAAUCCAUCAACUUCUUCUCCUUCACUCUCUCAUUUUCUUCCUAACUCUCUCUCCUUCCACACAACAAGAACAAGAAACCCACCACUGCAGCAAAAUCAAUACCACAAACCUUUUCCUCUCCCCAUUCUCAAACCAAUCAAUCGUCGCCGCAAAUCUCAUCACCUGCAGAUCUGGAAGACUCUAUUUCAAAACCUCAGUCGGUCUCUUCCAUGUCUCUUCCAUAGACUACACAACCAAAACCCUAAUCCUUUCUCAUUCCUCGGGAAGAGAGAAGAAAGUGAAGAAACUGGGAGCAAGGGUUUCUUUGGAAGUGGAGGGUCACUUGCCGGAUUUAUGCAUCGCCUGCGAGAGACCAGACGGUAACUGUGGAGUUGCUCUCAGAUGUCUCUGCCAUCCUAAAGAAUGCAAAAACAAAGUUGUCAACUAUGCAACGAAGUCGCGAGCUUUAUUAUCUAGUGUCUAUUUUUGUUGAACACUUCAUGGCACCACACCACCAUCAAUUUAUCACAUACCUGUCCCUCCCAGGAGUAAGUUGAAUAGAAGAAACUCUUAUUGGGUAUUUAUUUAUAAUUUUUUUCUAUAUCUUAUUAAAUCGAAUAUGUUGACAUGAAAGCUCAACAUACAUAUAUGAUAAACAAUCAAGCCAAAUACAACAACACCAACGUAAUAUAAAGAUUUCAAAUCCAACUCAAGCUAAUACAUGUUACUAAAACCUAGUAGUGAGUGGGCACAUGUUUGUAGAAACAACAGAAGGUGUAGGGUGAGCUACUA